UUCAGUCUUCAUCCCGAAGUCCGAUCUCCAACGCUCUGAAAGGAACUUAGGAAGCUCCCGCCACUGCAGCAAGAAGAAGAAGGAAAAAAUCUGAAAUGGCGAGCUCUCCCACCGCCAUUACGAGUUCCAUAUCCUUCAAAAUUGGCCAGAGAGUCCACUCAGUCGGUGAUCCCCGUCGAAUCGGCACCGUCAAGUCUGUAGGAAAGGUGGAAGGGUACUCCGGCAGUUGGGUUGGCGUCGACUGGGACAAUGGUGCAGGCAAGCACGACGGGACCGCGAAUGGAGUCCGUUACUUCCAAGCGAGAUAGGACCCAUCUGCGUCGCUGGUUCGACCUCAGAAUUUGAGCGCCGGCAUUUCUUUCCUUGAAGCUCUGUGCAUCUGGUAUAAAGGCCAGUCCACUAAGGAAGAAGAAGAAGGAAAUGUAUGUGCUUUCGGCAAAGAACAGAAGGGUGCCUGUGGAAUUUUUGGGUAAAGAGAAGAUUCAAGAUAAGUUGAGCCGGUUUGGUGAGCUCACCAAUGCUUCUCUGUCUUUUCUUGGUGUUAGCUCUCCUGGAUCAUCAGAAGAUAUCAGUUCUACUAUGCCAAAUAUAAAAGAAUUGGACUUGACUGGAAAUCUCGAUUACUCACUGCAGGAUAUAGGCUUCAUAUAUGAGCAAUUGUCUUCUCUUACAGCACUCAACCUGUCUCACAAUAUAAUGUCCGAAGUCGUCACUGGCCUGCCACAACUCAGUAGGAUCCGCGUUUUAGUUUUGAACUGUACCAGUAUAAAGUGGACACAGGUGGAAGAACUUAAACCUAUGUUGCCAGUAAUAGAGGAGUUGCAUCUCAUGGGGAAUGGUACAUGUGAAAUAAAGCCGACAUCAUCUGUUGUUCAAGGAUUUGAGACUUUACGGCUUCUGAAUUUGGAAGAUAACUGUAUAGCUGAGUGGGCUGAAAUCUUAAAGCUUUCCAUGUUGACAAGCUUGGAACACCUUCAGUUGAAUAAGAACAAAUUGAAGAGCGUGUUUUAUCCAGAUGAUGAUACAAUACAGAAAAUUUUAAAUGGAUCCCACUUGCUAGAGAAAAGCUACAUUCCUUUCAGAAACUUGGGUUAUCUUCUCUUGGCAAGUAACCACAUUGAGGAUCUGUCAUCAAUUGACUCACUCAACCUGUUCCCUAACCAAAUGGAUAUCAGAAUUUCGGAAAAUCUAAUAACUGAACCAGCAAGGGGUGGUAUCCCCAGAUUUGUCUUGCUUGCCCGAUUGUCUAAGGUGGAAAUGCUAAAUGGAAGUGAGGUUGGUGUUCGUGAUAGGAAGGAAUGUGAGAUCCGCUAUGUCCGAUUAGUAAUGUCGCAUUUGCAUGACAAACCAGAUGAAAUUAAGAAACUUCAUCCAAGAAUUUGGAUUCGAUUGCAGGUUUUUUGAGCUUAAGACGAAAGGCCUUCAACUGUGGCAGCUGGCCCUCAGAAAAUGGCUGCUGGACUACUAUCGGUCACCCUUGAGUGUGUGGGUGCUUCCAUGGGUUCGCAUACAAACCAAAUACUGUAUUUUGACGUUGUACAAUCUCAUCAACAACAUACAUUCAACAAUACAUGGCUGCAAACUGACUCGAUCGAAUUAGUCUACGGAACAAUUGGCCAAGUUACAACGAAAUGAUUCACGCACACCACUUGUACCCCAGCAUUUGAGCAUUAUGGAAGCAUUGUGGAUCUUCUCAGCCGAGUGGAAUGUAUAGAAGAAGCUGUUGAGUUUGUCAACAAGAUGCCUAUCACCCUGGAAUGCUGUUAUUUGGUGGUCUCUGCUGGGUGCUGCAUUGGUGCAUGGGAACUUGGAUGUUGCUGAAUGGCUGGACAGAAGGCCAUUGAGUUGCAGCCAGAUGAUGAUGGGAGUUUAUGCACUACUGCACAACCUAUAUUGCGGAGCAGGCAGAAGUGGAGAUGCAUUGACGGUAAGAGAGAUGAUGAGGAGUCAAAAGGUCUGUAGGAAACCAGCUUUUACUUGGGUGGAGAUCAAUGGGAUUGCUCAUGAGUUUCUGGCUGAAGACACGCAGCAGCUUCAAAGGGAUUGCAAUUAUAAUCCAGGUUCCAUGCACCAUUUAUUUAGAACUAAUUGUUGUGCCAAUAAAUGAGAGCCAAGAAGGAAGGAAGUAUAUAUAUUGAUAAAAACCGAACAAUAGAAACAGAAUGAAAGGAGAGACAUUACAGUUUAGAAUAUACGACUACUACUCUGUCCUGCUUCAACUGAAAAACGCUCUUAACAGACAAAAGAAAAGAAUGUCUCCAUACAAACUUAGAUUCCGAGGGGCAGAGCAGGAGCAGGAGCAGCUUGGCGGCUGGUCUGUUUAACCCAACAGUCGUAGCUUCCAUCGUAUGCACCUUGGAGUUUUUCGUAGUUUGGAAUUGGGGUAGGCCAGCAGGAAAUCCUAGGGUGGAACAGCCUCCAGCGAAAUGAAUAGUCAUCAAAGACGCCUUCCUCCCCCGUCCUCACAUCGUGAUACAAUAUAUUAUGGAGGUUGUCCUCACUGACAUGAUUGUUUAAGAAGACAAUUUCUGGGUGGUCUGGAUGCAAACAGGCAAUGAAGCAGCGUCCACGACUGUAGUUACAUGAUUCCGACGGCUCUUUCAACGACACUUGAUAGAGUUCACUCCAUGAACUAUGUUGGCGGUCCCCGUCCUCUUUCUGUCUCCAAACAGUCAACAAGGGACGUGCACCAAGGUUCUUAUCAAGCCGAGCUAUGUGCAAAACGCCUUGCGAGACAGAGAUACUAAAAUAAUUCCACUCAAAUCCAGGAUGACCAUCCACACGGAAUGGACGUCUAUCGAGGUGGAAAGCAUCAACCCCAAGAAUUGGAGCAGCAUCAAGACUUGGACCAGCAUCCUGGGCACAGCAAAAGAGCCUGCCGUUGCACGAAACUACUUCAUCGCGAUAUAUAAUAAAAUCACUGUCAAGGACAAGAGCACCCUCAGUCCAGGCUCCAGACUCGGAACAAAACACGUCUAGUUUUGUAGACUCGCCCACUGCAGAGUACAUGCACACCACCCGGAACCGAUACUCGGAGUGAACAAAUACUUGGUCAUCUCCCAGAUCAAGCUCGGGAUUCGAACGAGGUUCGCAAACUAACCUCGCAAUCAAUCCACCACGUUCUUCCAUCGACCUGUUAGGCAUUAAAGGAAUGGCUACCCAUUGCUUGGUAAACGGAUUGCAGACAAACCAAGACCUGACGAUUCCGGGGUCAGUGUCGGGCGAGGCCCAAAAUCCGCACAGAACCAGGUCCUUGAAGCAAUCAAUGACAUGGAAAGACGCUUCAGCAAAAUAACCAGGCAUGGGGAGGAAGCUCAAGAUCACGGAUUCGCGAUCCUGUGAGGGAAUAAGCAGAGAUUGGUUCAUCCUCUGGUGAUGAGAGACGAAACGGCGAUUGAAAUAGGGUUGUGAGAUCAGGGAGUUCCAUCGCCUGCAGACCAGUUUGCAGCGGAAGGCGGACCUCGGGUCCGGGACGCGAAUCAGAACUUCUAAGAGAAGAUCGCCUACCAGUUUGCUGAUGCUGGAAGGAGGAGGGUUUGGGACUCUACGUAGUUUCCCUACCGAGGAGGAGCAAGCCAUGG